AUGACUGACUGGGCCAAGCUCAAGGUCAUUGACCUCAAGGCCGAGCUCAAAAGUCGCGGUCUACCACAGCAAGGUCUCAAAACAGAGCUUGUCGCGCGACUAGAUGAAUCCGAUCAAGAUACUGAGAAAGCCGAGGACCAAGAACAACUCGGAGAUGCGCCCGUAAACAGCGAGUCGGGAAAUGAUGAGCCACCGGCUGAGCAACCAGCCCUUGCAGACAAUGAGCCCCAGGAAGCGACCGAGCAGCCCGAACCGAAAGAAGAGAAGCCAACGGCUGAAACAAUGGAGCUAGAAGAGAACCAGUUGGGUGAUGAUACCGCGCCCAAUGCCGAUGGAGAGACUGAUAAAGGGGUCCCUGAAACUGAAAAGGAGGAAGACAUCAAGAAUGGAGCAUUAGAGGAAGCGGCGCGCGAUGGCGAUCUGGUCGCUGACGUGCCAAUCCCCGGAAAUGAAGUAGAUAUACAAGUAAGGGAACCAAUGGUGGAGGAGAAAUCAAGAGCGGGAACAGUGACAACCACUGUCGAAUCUACACCCUCUCACUCACUCGAACCAACCCCUGCUGCCGAACAGCAAAAGCGCAAACGCCGCUCUCUCACACCCCCACCAACCGAAGAAUCGAUUGCACGCAAACGCGCCCGCACGGAUGAGAGUCCAGCAAACGGCGAUAGUCUAGGUGCGCGACAGGAAGAUCUGCUACCUGAAACUCAAAACAAACCUGCUCCUAUGAACAUGGAUAGUGAGCCCCAAGCAGAGAAACCUCAACAAGAACCUACACAAGAAGCUGCCCCAGAGACCGAGGUACCCAGAGAAGAAAAUUUUGGUGAAGACAGAGAUAAACCGCAGGACAUGGACUACGAACGAGACGUUGCGCCGGCGGUGCACCCGGCCACUUCUGCACUUUACAUCAAGAACUUUAUGCGCCCUCUCCGACCCCAAGAUGUCAAGGCCCAUCUCGUCACGCUUGCGGCACGUUCUCGAGACGCAACGGACGAUGACGACGGGAUUGUGACUGAAUUUUUCCUGGACCAGAUCCGUACUCAUGGUUUUGUUAUCUUCAGGAAUACCGCUGCUGCUUCCCGCGUUCGCACUGCACUUCAUGAUAGUGUCUGGCCUAACGAGAGCAAUCGCAAAGCCCUGUGGGUUGACUUUGUCCCUCCUGAGAAGGUCCGCGACUGGAUCGAUACAGAACAAGCCAGCAGUGGUCCACGCGGCCGUUCUGGUGUUCGAUGGGAAAUCGUUUAUGAGGAUGGCCCUGGCGGCGAUGUUGAAGCACACCUCGAAGAAGCAUCAGCAUCAACAUCUCGCACGAUGCCUCAACUGAACGCAAGACCACCCCCGAGCUCAACAAUGGCGACCAAUUCUAUCCCUCUUGGACCCAGAGCACUCCGCGAACCUGCCAUUCCCACUGGACCACGCCCUGUUCGCCCCGGCACUGGACCUGGACCAAGACCUCCACCUAUCAACCCAGGCGGUGCAUUCAAGCGAACCAAUACUCGCCCAGUCAUCAACUACCAACCUGUAUCCGAAGACCUUGCGCGCCGCCGUAUCGACAACAUGCGCUCUUAUUACACAAAAGAUCGCGACCGCGACGUCGGCCGUGAGAUUAACCGCUACUCCUUUGAGAACGGCACUACAUUCGUUGACCGGGGCAAAGAGGUGUUUGAAGGCAUCCGACCUCCACACCGUGAGCGAGCCAUAGGCCGUGAGCGCCGUGGUGGAAGACGUCGUGGACGCGGUGGUGGCGGCGGUCGACCGCGUAGUGAUCGGUAUCUUCCCCCACCACGGGACGACCACGGUCCUCGUCGUGGCUCCUUGUCUGACGACGGUGAUUUUCGAAUGAGGGAUUGA